AUGGCGGCCGCGCCCCGUCUGUGCCCGCUCCAGCCGGGGCUGCGGGGCUGCGUGGAGGCCGCAGGCUGGAGAGCAAAGGGCAGUGCUCACACCUAUACCUACAGCACUCACACCUACACCUACAGCACUCACACCUACAGUGCUCAAACCUACACCUACAGCACUCACACCUACACCUACAGCGCUCACACCUACAGCGCUCACACCUACACCUACAGCACUCACACCUACAGUGCUCACACCUACACCUACAGCACUCACACCUACACCUACAGCACUCACACCUACAGCACUCACACCUACACCUACAGCGCUCACACCUACAGUGCUCACACCUACAGUGCUCACACCUACACCUACAGCGCUCACACCUACGGUGCUCACACCUACAGUGCUCACACCUACACCUACAGCGCUCACACCUACGGUGCUGGCUCUCGGGAGGGAGGGAGAGACAGGAGGAUUGCGGUGCUCGGGCCCUGCGUCCCGGCUCGGCUGGGCCCCGAGUUCCAAAGCCCCUGGGCCCCGAGGAGCCCAGGGGACACCGCGGCUGGCGGCCAGUGCACCGGCUCCCGGGCCCUGCCGGUCAGGAUGCACCGCAGCCCGGCAGCUGGGGCCAGGAGAACCCAACCCCCUCCCCAGGCCGAGCCUCGACCCUGCCCGCCACCCCUCCACCCUUUCGUGGUGCUGGCCAGGCUUCCCUUCACAGGCACGCGGUGGGAAGCUGCGAGCCAGUGGGAAGCGCCGAAGUUCUGCUCCCCAGAUCGGGGCCGGGAGAACGCUAGGACCCCAAAGGAGCCACGCCCACGGGGCUGUUCCGCAAGCACACCGGUGACCUGGGCCGGCGGCCAGGCGAGCAGGGGAGAAAACGAACGGCCAGCGCUGCACCGCGCUCUCCUGGGUUUCCCACCUGCAUCUGAGGCGGCCUCAACAGGCCUCCCGCUCCGCCGAAAGCCAGGCCCCGGCCCCGCUGGCAGCCCGGGAGGGGGAUCCACCAGGGUCCCCGACCGGUGCCGCUCCUCCCGCUCCUCCAGGGCGCCUCGCCUCACAGGUCAGACGGAAGGGCCCCUGCCGGGGUCCUUCUGGGGCACAUCCUGGCCCUCGUUCCCCAACCUUGAGUUUGGAGCCGGUGCGCGGCUGCCCUGGGCACGUGUGAUGAGCCGCGAUGUCGUUUGGGGAAAUGUGUCAGGUGGCCAGAGGAAUGACGCACAGGGCGCACCUCGGCCCCUGCCCGCGAGUCCCCUGAGCCGGGACUGCCGCUCAGCCUCGGCCCAGGCCCGGCCGCAGGCUCGGGUCACCGCGCUCCUGCCCCGGGAUUCCCGGGCCGUCCCCAGCCCCGUCCAGGGCCCGCCGCCGCCACCAGGAGCCGCGCGGGGACCAGGCACCCAGGGGCUCGGCGCCGGCGGCUGCCCGGGGCUUCCCGCACCCCAAGGUCCCCAGCGGAACAGCCCGCCCCCCCACCCCGGGGCCCUCGCGCCGGCCCCGGCAGGCCUCCGCCGCGCGCCGCCGCUCCGCGCACGCCAGACUCCGGACCUCGGUGCGGGGACCCCUGGGCCUGGGCCUCCGCUGGGCACCGGCUGCGGGCGGCACCGCGGGGCGCCUCGCUUCCCGGGCGGAGGGGGAGGCGGCGCGCGCGCGGCGGGAACCCGCGAUCGCCCCCCAGCCCCCCGCGCGCCCGCUCGUGGCGGAAGUGGGUCACGGCCCUCGGGCCCGGCGGGGCCGCGUCGUCCUCGGCGGUCGCGCUCCGGGAACGGGAGGGGGUCUCCGCACACUUACGAACCCACGGAGGCGGGGACUGGGCCGGCGCCCCGCACCUCCGGCGUCGGCGGGCAGCUCUGCACAGAUCCCGGCCACCCCCUCCCUCCCCAGGCCCGGGCCCGGGGCCGCGGCUCCCUCCGCUCCCGCCCGGCCCGGGGAUUCCGCGGCACCCGGUCGCGUCGCCCGGAGCGUGCGGGUCGCGGUCGGCCUCGCCCGUGCACCCCCGCCGGGGCAGAGUCCCCGCUUCGAAAUGGCGCACGGGGUCUUUUUGGAAAACGACCGCGGCCCGGCCCCUCGCGGAGCCUGGCACCCGCGCGCGCACUCGGCGGCGGGGCCCCCACCGUCCCGGGCCGCACCAUUGGCCAGCCCGCUCCUCUCGGGCCCCGCAGCCAAUGGGCGGCCGCCGGACCCGGGCCCGGGCCCGCCCCUCCCGGCGCGGGCGGCUCGGGGCCGCGGGCGGGCCUGGCGCGGGCCCGGACCCACGCGCCCGCGCGCGCCGCGCCCGCCCCGCCCGCCGCCGCCGCCGCCGCCGCCUGCGCGCGGGCACCGGGCGGCGUGCCCGGCCGCUCCCCGGGCCGCGGGGCGCCCGGCCCCGCCCCCGGCCCCGCCUUCUCUCCGCCCCCCGCGAGGCCGGCGGGGGCGGCGACUGGGCCGGCGACGUGA